AUGGCUUCAUAUUUGGAGGAUCUCGUCGAUUCGUUCCUCAGCAGUUCGGCGCUCGUAACGUACUGGAACUACAUUUUUCCCGUGUUGGUAGGUCUCUAUUUGGCCAUUUCACUGUACGACAAACAUCGGUAUGGUCGGAAUAAGAAGCUACGCAUUACUGAACCAGCGGCCACAGAAAAGAAUGGCAACAAGCUGGACGGUAUUGAGUACGUUGGAGACCUGGAACAUGCUGACUACGAUCCGGUUCCGGCGCUGGAAGAAAAACCACACAUCCCGUUCACUGGUGCUACGGUAACGCUCGCUACCGAUCCACUGGAAGCGGCCAAUCGGUUCUAUGCCAUCGCAAACAAUCGUCGUAGUGUGCGCAAGUUUAGCUCACGGCCCGUCGAUGUGGCCAUCUUGGAACGCUGCAUCCAGGUGGCCGGUACAGCCCCGAGUGGUGCGCAUACCGAACCGUGGACCUUCUGUCUCGUGUCCGACCUUUCGAUCAAGGCAAGCAUUCGCGAAAUUAUCGAAGCCGAAGAGUUCGUAAACUACACACAACGAAUGGCAAAACAGUGGGUAACGGAUCUGCGACCAAUUCGCACAAACCACAUCAAGGAAUAUCUUACCGAGGCGCCCCAUCUUGUGCUGGUGUUUAAGCAGACAUACGGCUACAAACAGACUUCCGCCGGUACGGACAAGAAACAACAUUACUAUAACGAAAUAUCCACCUCGAUCGCCACCGGGAUGUUACUGUGUGCGUUACAAUGUGCCGGACUAAGUUCGCUCGUCACUACGCCUCUAAACUGUGGACCAGCCCUUCGCACACUGCUCGAACGGCCACCGAACGAGAAGCUGCUGGUAUUGCUGCCCGUAGGCUAUCCAGCGGACGAUUGUACCGUACCGGAUCUGCAGCGGAAACCGCUGGAAGACAUCCUGGUGCGAUAUUGAUUG